AUGUCAGACUCAGCCGCGGAUGAGGGGCUGUGUCAGGCCGUACUAGGCUUUGUCACUGAAGGCACAUACCCCGACGAUAAUGUGGUGGCUGGCAACUUGGCGCCAGCUGCUCUCGCAAGGGAAUUGGAGCUCAUAUCAAAGGCCCGUGAGCAGGUAGAGCUUCACGCCGACAUCGAACGAUCAAGAUUGACGGCUCGAGAGAUUGUCGCACAGCAUGAACACACAGAACCCCUGCAGGCGAAGGUCGAAGACGCCAGGGCAAAAGUCGCAUUGGUCGAAACGGAGAUUGCCUUCAAUGAGGCCGUCACGGGUACGCUCGAAGAGGUGCAACGUCUAUGUCAGCAAUUGGAAACUGGCCGAGCUGCGCUGAAGGACGGCAAUAUCACAACCGCCAUCGAGUACUUGGAAUCGACCCACGUGGCUGUAGGCAAGGAUGCCUUCUUUACCAACACAAAUGUAAUGAGCAUACUAUCUGGUGAGGUGUCCUUGCUUCGAUCAGAGAUCACCGAGGCACUCCGGAAGCGCUGGGCAGAGCAGUUGAAGAUCGACCGAGCCCAAGGUGAAUUCUUGGUCUCCAGCGUCGGCGAAGAUACUAUUGAGGCCACGCUUGUGUCGCUUGCUCGACUCGAAAUUCUUACGUCGGCCAACGAGAAGUUCCAGAAAGACUUCUUCCUUGCGAUCGUCAAUCCGAUAUUGCUUCCCCGGCCUGAUGGUACUAGCCACGGUGUCGUGGUGUCAGACACCAGCAUUCGAAUUGAGCCCCAAGCCUCAAAAGCAACGGCAUUGGAAACAUUGGAUCGUCUUUCUCACAUACUAGGAUACCUGAGAGAACACCUACCCACGUUGGUCUCUGCGGCUUUAUCUGAAUCGUUCAUUCCAAAGCUUGCUUCAAAGACAAUUUCGGAGUGGUUGUCCCACGCAAUUCCUACUGAUCUGGAUGGUCUUUACGAUUUCGAAAUUCUUUUAGAUCACGUCCUGGAGUUCACCCAGAAGGUUGAAUCCUGGGGGUGGACUGGCCAGGAAGAACUUGUCUCAUGGGUCAACCAAGCUCCACGUCUGUGGUUGACCCGACGUCGGGUUGAUUCACUUGAUAGCGUUCGCAAAGCCCUUGCUGCUAGCCAAGGCACCACGAAGACGGUUGAACGGAUUGAAAAAGAAAAAGUCUCUCAAGCUGACGAGGCUCUCUUGGACAAUGCCGUCAAUGAUGAUUGGGAUGCCGGAUGGGAUGACGAUAAAGAUGAUGCUAAGUCCGACAAAGUGACAGCAAGCCCCGAGGACGAAGAAGAUGUCAGUGCAUGGGGUCUUGAUGACGAUGAUACCGAGGAAGUUCACGAAGAACCUAAAGCAGACCCGCCUACUGACACGGAAGAUGACGAUGCUGAUGAUGCUUGGGGCUGGGGUGACGACGAAGUUGAGGGACAGACAGUUGAAAGUCAGCCAACGUCAUCACAAGCGUCCCCGGCAGCAAAGCCAACAGAGAAUAAAUCUUCGCAAGGGUCUACUUCGCCCAAGGAGGUUAUUCUGAGGGAAGUCUUCACAAUCACCGACAUCCCCGAGUCUGUUCUGAACAUUGUUCGGCAACAGAUCGCUGAUUCAAACGAUAUUCAGCAACCAGCACAUGCCAAAUCACGCGUUGCCUCUUCCGGCGCCGGUCUACUUGCGCUCCCAACUUUGAUCUUGGCUAUGUUCAAGGCUACAUCAUCAACGUUUUAUUCGCUCAAACUCAGUUCGGGACAGAUGUAUCUCUAUAAUGACAGCCUCUAUCUGUCUGAUGAGAUCCGAAAAUUAGUCGACGAGCAUGGACUUUCCAGACUUCAAUCUGAUGUUGAAGCUCUGGAGAAAUUUGGCAAAACUGCCUACAGCAAAGAGAUGCAGACCCAGCGCACAAUCGUGACCGAUUUACUAGAUGGGGCCCAAGGUUUCGGUCAAUGUUCCGAGCAGCCUUUCCAAUCGGACUGUGAAAAUUCUGUGAGCGUGACAGUUGACAGAAUCCGCGAUGUCUACAAGGAAUGGCACCCCGUGCUAUCUCACUCUGCGCUGCUACAGUCCGUGGGAUCCCUCUUGUCAACGGUCAUCAACAAAGUAAUAAUCGACAUUGAGGACUUGGGCGACAUCUCAGAGGAUCAGUCGAAGCAGUUGGUCUCUUUCUGCAACCAAAUUUCCAAGCUAGAGGAUCUCUUUAUGCCAGAGAAUGGCGAAUCUGGAGCACUCCCGGCCACUGCCGUUUAUGUUCCGAGCUGGCUUCGUUUCCAGUACAUGGUCAACAUCCUGGAAAGCUCGCUUGCUGAUAUCAAAUAUCUGUGGUUGGAAGGCGAGCUGGGCCUAGAGUUCUCCGUUGAAGAGGUGGUCGACCUGAUUGAGGCAUUGUUUGCGGAAUCUGACCAUCGCCGGCGUGCGAUUUCGGAAAUUCGAAGAGCCCCGAGAGGCUAA